CAAGAUGCAGUUCCACUUUACUUUUGAAACUGUGUCAGUUAGAAACACGGCAGAGGCAAGCAGAUAGAGAACAUUUUUAAAACGACUUUUUUUUCACGCAUCGUUUCCAAACACGACGCGUUCUAAUUUAAAUCUGUCAUCCAUAAGACAUGGCUCAUAAACAAAUCUACUAUUCUGAUAAAUAUGCCGACGAGCACUACGAAUACAGGCAUGUUAUGUUGCCAAAGGAACUUGCGAAACAAGUACCAAAAACCCAUCUAAUGUCAGAAGAAGAAUGGAGGCGAUUGGGUGUACAACAGAGUCUUGGAUGGAUUCACUACAUGAUGCAUGAGCCAGAACCACACAUUCUUUUAUUCAGAAGACCUCUUCCAAAAAAUUGAGUGAUGUUCUGGAAUCCUCAUUUCAAUCUUUUGGGACAUUGUGUGUAAUGUGGUAUUCAGUGAAUACUUGGGAGUGCACAACUUAGUCAACCCCUGUGCAUGGGCUGUGUUCUUCACAGCAACAGAGCUUGGUUUAAUACAGAGGAGUCUGGCAAUGUAUUCUGUUUGUGUGUGAGGGGAAGAAACUAACCAUUAAAUACACAAACAUCAGAUAUCAGAUUUGUGUUACCAUGUGUCUUCAAUGGCUUAUUUUGUGAAAUUUGUUUAAACAGCUUUACAUAUAUAUAUAUCAUUUUUUUUGUUUUGUUUUCAAUAAAACUAUUGUUGCAUGUACAUCCAUAUGUGUAAUAAUGUACCAUUGCUGAGUGCAUUUAAUGGUGAUGUGUAAAACUAGGUUGUCUAGCUAGAAGAAACAUUUGACUAUCUUGGAAAGUGUGUUUAACCGUUUCUCUAGUUCUGUCCAUUGUCAUUUUCUUUUCCCAGUCAGUUUUAACUGUUACAGCUGUUAAUAGUAACACAGCAUUGUGCAAGUCCGUUCAAAUAAUUUAGGUGUUAGUAUACAGGCUUUUUUUUUUUUUCUGUUUCUUUUUACCUUUUUGAACUGUCAGAAGAAAAGGUAGCGCCCCCCCCCCUCCCCCCACCUUCUACUCUUAUCCAAUUCUUUGUGAAUAAUCUACUACAAUAAAAUACACUGAUUUAGCCAGACUUUGUGUUUAUUAAACAAUUAUAUUGGGUUAUUUUUAGGAGAGUGUUGUUUUACAAUUGUCAAAGUGACUCCGAGCCAAGAUUCAGUAAACAUAUUCUCUCAAACGAAUUGAUUAGAACAGACAGUCUUCCUUCCUUACAAACCUUUAGCCUAAAAGCUAACAACAAAAUGUCUGUUUU